UUAUUUUCAAACGCCAUGACGUUUAACAAGCACCAAUCCCACCUAUACAAAUCUAUGCUCAUCUUCUGAUCUGCUCACUCUUUCCAACACUUUCUCAUCAAACAAACUAACAUAAACAACCAAGAACCAGAGUCCAAAUGGUGGAUUCCAUGUCAACUCCACCGCCAAGAUCCGCUACGGACCUCUUCUCGGAUCCACUCGACUCCCACCCGCUUUGGUUCAAACCCAAUCUCUUCCUUUCCCCGACCUUCGACUCCGAAUCCUACAUCUCGGAGCUCCGAACAUUCGUUCCUUUCGAUACGCUCCGUUCGGAGCUCCAAGCAUACCUUGCCUCCCUUAAUCACGACCUCAUUGACCUAAUCAACCGUGAUUAUGCUGAUUUCGUCAAUCUAAGUACUAAACUCGUCGAUGUAGAUGCUGCCGUUGUUCGCAUGCGGGCCCCGCUAUUGGAGCUUCGAGAGAAGAUCGAAGGAUUUAGAAGAAGCGUUGAAGGUUUACUUGUCGCUUUGAGGAAUGGGUUGCAGCAGAGAUCGGAGGCUGCUGCUGCAAGAGAGGUUUUGGAGCUGUUGUUGGAUACAUUUCAUGUUGUUUCUAAGGUUGAGAAACUUAUAAAAGAGCUACCAAGCGUACCUGCUGAUUGGUCAAAUGGAGAUUUGAGUUCGAGUGUAAAGAAUGCUAUGAGCAAUGGCAAUUCUGUACAAUCCAUUGAGAAUGGAACGAAUCUUAGGGAAACUCAAAGCAUGCUACUGGAGAGAAUAGCUACCGAAAUGAAUCGACUAAAAUUCUACAUUGCUCAUACAGAGAACCUUCCUUUCAUUAAGAACAUGGAGAAGAGGAUUCAAAGUGCAAGCCUUUUAUUGGAUGCAAGUUUGGGACAUUGUUUUAUAGAUGGGCUGGAACAUCGAGAUGAAAAUGCAAUUUACAAUUGCUUACGUGCAUAUGCUGCCAUUGAUAAUACUAAGAGUGCAGAAGAAAUUUUCCGUACAACGAUUGUUGCUCCUUCAAUACAGAAAAUUAUUCCAUAUGGACCAUCAGCAAUGGUUUCUGGGGCAUCUGGAGAUGGACUUGAAAAUGAUUAUCACCAAAUUAAGCAAUGCAUCCAGAAAGACUGUAAAUUCCUUUUGGAAAUUUCUUCUGCUGAGAAUUCGGGUCUGCAUGUAUUUGACUUCUUGGCAAACUCAAUCUUGAAAGAGGUUCUCUUAGCAAUUCAAAAAGGAAAGCCAGGUGCUUUUUCCCCUGGAAGACCAGCUGAAUUUUUGAUGAAUUACAAGUCAAGCCUAGAUUUCCUGGCUCAUCUUGAAGUUGUCAUGCAAGGCUAUUGUCCAUCCAGAUCUGCUGUUUCCAAAUUUCGUGCUGAAGCUGUAUAUGUUGAGUUCAUGAAGCAGUGGAAUAUUGGAGUUUAUUUCUCUUUAAGAUUUCAGGAAAUUGCGGGGGCUCUGGACUCUGCACUUGCAGCAACCAGUCUCGUCCCAGUUCAGAAUUCUGAUUCUGGUCAUGCAAAUUUGCAAGGCCUAGCAUUAAAACAAAGUAUCACUCUGAUGGAGAGCUUGAGGGCUUGUUGGAGAGAAGAUGUUCUCAUCCUCUCAUGCUCUGACAAGUUUCUUCGCUUAUCUUUGCAGCUCCUUGCAAGAUAUUCAAAUUGGUUAUCAUCCGGACUGGCUGCUCGGAAGAAGGGUAAUGCUGCCUCCAAUUCUGGAUAUGAAUGGGCUAUUUCAGCUGUGCCUGAUGAUUUUCUUUAUAUUAUUCAUGAUAUAAAUUGUCUGGCAACAGAGAUAUGUGGAGACUACCUUGAUCGUGUACUUCAGCUUCUAUCGUCAUGCUCCGCUGACAUUCUUGAUCUAGUAAAACAGAGCAUUUUACGAGGUGGAAAGUCUUUAAACGAUUUAGUACCUCUUGCUAUCAAUGCAAUCAUAGAGGCAAUAGUUGAUAAGGCUGUUGAGGACUUGAGACAGAUUAAGGGAAUAACUGCAACUUACAGGAUGACUAAUAAGCCUCUUCCCGUCAGACAUUCACCUUAUGUGUCUGGAGUGUUGCGCCCUUUAAAGGUUUUUCUGGAUGGAGACCGAGCUGUGACCUAUUUAACUAAGGAAACUAGGAAUGAUUUACUGCUUGGUGCUGCUACUGAGAUUACUGGUCGUUAUUAUGAAUUAGCUGCUGAACUUGUGAGCGUGGCUAGGAAAACAGAAUCUUCACUCCAGAGAAUACGGCAGGGUGCCCAACGGCGAGCUGGAGCAAGCUCAGAUGUCUCUGACCAAAGUGUUUCUGACACUGACAAGAUAUGCAUGCAAUUGUUCCUUGAUAUCCAGGAGUAUGGACGAAACCUCUCUGCCCUUGGUGUUGAGGCGGCCAACAUUCCAGCAUAUCGUUCCUUGUGGCAAUGUGUUGCUCCUCCAGAUAGGCAAACUGUGAUUAGUUUGUGAAGUAGCAGUGCCUAUAGGCAGCUUGUAGAUGUACUUACUAUUUUUUUAUAGUAUCAAUUAGAGUUAAAUUGUAUUGUUUGAAUUUGCUAUAAAAGGCAUUUUUGUUUGUUUGUUUGUUUGUCUUGUUCCUUUGUUUCAUAGCAUAUUUGAUUCUUAAAAAGUUCUUUCCCAGUA